ACCAAAAUAUUGAAUAGAAGUUUCUCCAAAAAAAAAAAAAAUAGUGAAUAGAAACCUGAAGUUUGUUCCUCUUGAGUCCAACCCAAUAUUGCUGCGAUGAUUCUGAUGUGAGUCGGUCAUCAUUCAUUCAUGAGCGAUUUCAUCCUUUCUUCUUCAAGAAAGAGGACACCCCUGAAUCUGAUAUAUUAAUCUCUCUGUCUGUCUGUGUGGUUUCAAAUCAAAACCCUAACCCUAGCUCCCCAAAAUCUCAAUCCAAUCCAAUGAACCCUAAUUCGUUACUGACCACACUUGAAAACCUCAUCCACUUCUCCCAACAAACCCUCCAUCACUCCCUUUCCCUUUCCAUUUCCACCACUCUCCAUUCUGAAAACCAAAACCUAAUCCAAUGCCCAUUCAAUCCCCACCAUCUCAUCCCCCCUUCCGCCCUCUUCCGCCACUCCCUUCACUGCCACUGCUCUUCUUCUUCUUCUUCCAAUUUUUUCUAUCACGAUUGCCCCGCCGUCGUUCACUUCUCCACUCUACAAACCCCAACCCCAACCCCAACCGCUACUCCUACUCCUCUUCCCCCCUUUUUAUCCCUUCACUCUCCCAACAAUCCUUCUCCUUUCGAUUUCGAUUUCUCAAUUCUCCCCUCCGACUUGCUCUCUAUUAGAUCCGAAACCGACGCCUGGACUGAUUACCCCACCGCCUACUCCCACGCCAUUCUCCGUUCCCUUUCCCUUUCCCUUUCCCUUUCCGGGCUGAUCGGAAAUUGGGUGCUCAUGAGUUCCCCGCGAUACGGCAGCAUUGUCAUUGAUGUGGCAAUGAGGGAUCAUAUAUUGUUGCUUUUCAGGCUCUGCCUCAACACUAUUGUCACGGAAGCUCUACAUAAUUAUUCUCAACAACAACAACAACAAUCGAAUGAGCAGAGUGUAAUGAGUUUUUUCAAGUGUCCCGUUUUGGUACAGGCGUUGAUGUGGUUAGCCUCUCAGCUUUCCAUUCUCUAUGGUGAAAUGAAUGGGAAGCUAUUUGCUAUUCACAUGCUUAAGCAAUGUGUAUUGGAGGCAGCGCAAUUGGGAUUGUUUAUCACCACCCAGACCCAGACCCAGUCCCAUGCUGAUGCUGAUGCUGGCCGUGGAGAUGAGGUCAUUUCUGUGUCACAAGUCCAAGCAGCGGUUACUGCAUUGAAAGAAAGAGCUUUGCUUCAACAAAACUUUAAUGGGUUUCAUGUUUCUCAACCGCUUACCAAGUAUCAGCUGGUGGCUGAGCAUGAUUAUCUGUCACAGAGAGCAUAUGAAGAGCGGAAAAGACGUCCAAACUAUAGGCCUAUACUUGAGCAUGACGGACUUAGGCAACAGUCCUUUAGACAGGAAACAAACAAGACUAAGACUAGAGAGGAGUUACUGGCUGAAGAAAGGGAUUACAAACGCAGAAGAAUGUCAUAUCGUGGAAAAAAGGGGAAGAAAACAGCUGUACAGGUUACAAGGGAUAUAAUAGACGAAUACAUGGAGGAAAUUAAGAAAGCUGGAGGAAUUGGGUGUUUGGUGAAGGGAACUGAAGAUCAAGGAAUGUUUCCAUCUGAAUCAUUUUCUGCUCAUGACAGCACCAUCACUGUUGAUGAGCCAAGAAAAAGUGAUUAUGCAGCACCCAGAGGUAGCCAAUAUAAUUAUAGGGCACACUCAAACUCUGAGUAUGGUAAGAGAUCUAAUAGUUUGAAAGAUGCUUCUCUUAACGAGCACCAUGAAUAUGUAAAUCAGGGAUUUUCCAAUUGGAACAAGCGUGAUAGGGAAAUUUUUUCAAGAAGCCCCAGCAGAAAUGAUAGCACCAUCACUGUUGAUGAGCCAAGAAAAAGUGAUUAUGCGGCAGCCAGAGGUAGCCAAUAUAAUGAUAGGACACAGUCACACUCUGAUUGUGGUAAGAGAUCUAAAAGUUUGAAAGAUGCUUCUCUUAAUGAGCACCAUGAUUAUGUGGAUCAGAGACGUUCCAAUCGGGACAAACAUGAUAGUGAAAUUUAUUCAAGAAGCCCCAGCAGAAAUGAUAGUCAUCGUCGGUCACAUGUGCGAAGUAGUCAUCGAAGAGAGCGAGAUGAUCUGGAGGUGUCCAAUACCAGGCACCAUGAGAUUAAGCAGCCAUCUUCUGGCAUGUUAAAAUAUCAUUAUGGUAGAUCAUCUUCUUCUAGGUCAAAUUCUGUGAAUGAUUCAGUUGCAAAACAAGACGAACAGAAAUCAAACGUUGAGGAUAGAAGGGGAAGAAAAACAUAUGACAAUCAUAGUUCAGACUUUCUGGUACAAAAUGCUUUUGAGGAUCGAUACAUUCCUUCAGAAUCUCGUGAUAUGUAUGAAGAUGAUCUCUCCACUGGCAGCAAGCAUCAGACCAGAUAAAUUGUGUUACAGAAUUGCUUGACCAAACUAGCAUCUACUCUUUCAAUAAGGAACUUUCCUGGCUACCAUGAUAAAUCUGAGUAGCUUCAUCUUUUGAAUACAAAGUCAUCAGGCUUCAGCAAUUCUAUCUACACUUGUAUCCUCCUUUGUAUCCUUGAACUGUUUUCUUAUAUGUUUUCUGUUAAGCUCAGUGUGAUUUCUCCAAACUCAUCUAGAUCCUUGACACCAUUUGUUUUGGCAUAAAAUAUUUUCCAGAAGUUGUUUUGUAAUAAUUGGUGCAACUGAAAAUGUUUGUCAACAGAAUGUUUUCAUGAUCAAUGGAAUAUUACAGAAAAGGAGCUGAAAAUUGCUUAUGCAGUGUGAAAUCAUAAACAAUUCCUUGACCAAGCCUUUGAUGUCCCCACUCUCCACCUCCCUAACUCUCCCCACUCCUCUGUGUUACCUCAAUCACCUCCUUGCUCCCUUCCCAACUUCUCUGUGUCAUUAACCACAUCCUCCCUCCCUCCUGGCCUCCUCCUUGCUCCUUUGUUUCUGCUACCACCACCACCUCCUCCACACACACACAUCCCCAAAAAAACCAUAUUCCUCCUUGCUGUUGCCAGCACCUCCCUUCUAUCCCCUGCGCCCCCAUGAUGACCACCUCUUUCUCUCCCCCUCCCACUGUCACUGCUGCCACCAUAACCACCACUGCCUAUUGACUUCAGUGACUUUUUGCUGGUUUUGACAAUUGAUAUUUUUGGGGCACCAAACACUGGAGAAGUAGUUCAGACUCAACCAAGCAGUAGGCAACAAAUUAUUUUCUUUGAAAAUAUUUUCUACUGAAGAUAUUUUUUCCUGGAAAAUGUUUUUUUUUAUAAAACAAAUGGAGCUUUUGAUUGCCAUAAAUUGCAUCAUGAUAUGACUCUUAGAGCGUGUUUGGUUUAGCUUAUUAUUUGGCUUAUGUGCAUCUUUUAAAGCCUCAUUGUUUAUAAAUACAACUAUUUUUAUCCAGCCUAUUUUUUAAGCAACUGCAUUCUUGCCACCUGUAUUAACAUCUGUGCAAUCUUUCUUUUUAGAUUUAAAUGAAAAUCCUUUUGUUCCACUUUGUGGACCUAGGUCUGACUUCUUGAAGUUGUGCGGGCAUGUGUGUGUGUGUGUGUGUGUGUUUUUUUUUUUUUUUAAUUUUAUUAUUAUUAUUAUUAUUUUUUAGAAUUAGGUCGGACUUCUUGAAGUUCAGAGAGGAUUGAAAUAAAUAGGGGCAGAAUUACAUAAUUUUUCAUUGGGAUAUAGAGGCUUUUAAUAAUUAGGAGAAUUCUAGUCUGAAAAAAAGAGGAAGAUAUUUUACUCUUUUAUAAUGUACUAUUUUACUCUUUUAUAAUCUGUAUUUUACAAACAUACGUGUGUGUGUUGGGGGGUGGGGGGGGGGGGGGGGGGAUAUUUCAACUGACAGAUGAGUGCAUCAUCAUGCACAUGUUACUUUUUUUUUUUCUGUUACUUUGGCGUAGGCAGUCAUUUGAAUUCAAGCUCUUAUCCUUAGUACUACUUUGUUAGGUUCUGUCAUAAGUGUCAUUGAUUUUGUCUGACAUAAAUCAAUGGCAGUAUCAUAAGAUAUAAGUUAUAUGACUUUUAAUAUAAUUGUCAAUUUUUAUCAACAAAAGACCAUCUUAUUGAUACGGCAUUGCUCUAGUACACAGGAUGUAUCCUAUAUAUAGGUCAUACAUAGUACAAAAAACUCCCAUUUUUGCAAGGUAUUGGAGAGGUUACUGGUAAGCAGCCUUAUGCCCCCCUCCCCUUAUUUUAUUUUUUUGGGAGAGGUAUCCUAGAUCAAUGUAAUUAUCAAUAUAGCUUAGGCUAAUCUAUAUUGUGGUAGCCAAUAAAAAAUAGGAAAAAUUAUUCUAGUAGGGAAUGAGCAUUUUUAUUAGGCUUGGAUAUCAUACAGAAUUGAUUGGUUAUUCCAAAAUUAUGUAAUCUUGUCCAGGGUCAACCCUAAAAUGGUUUUGGUAUAGACAAGGCUUUUGACUGUUAUUGGGUUUUGGACUGGAAAACAGACUGCUGUUUGUAUAUAUGCAGAGAGCAAUAUCUAUUGCACAAGUGUGUGUUCCUUUACCCACAGAAUUUUAAAUAUUGUUCGUUGUUCUCUUUAAGUUGUCUGAAGGCAAAUUAUGAGCUACACAAUGGGGUAGCAGCCCCUCCCCCAUGUGCAUAAAUCCUUCCUACCUUGAUGGAGGCAUGAUUUGGUCUAUAAUGUUGAAAAUAGGACCCACUAAACAUUACCAGUGAUUAGCUUACACCUUCCAAUAAUAUUUUAUGAUUGAUUAAACUUCUAUAAUUACAUAUUUGAAGCCAAGAAAAUAGCAUUUCACAUAUAAGCUAGUACCACUAUUGAAGCAGUUAUCCUCCACAUUGUAACAAAAUUUUAUGUUACAGUUCUGUUUUUUGCCAUAAUAUAAACAGUUAGUUUUCUUUUUCUUACAAUAAUAUGUACUGCUAGUGAUCUCUGGUAUAUGUUGUUUUGCUCUGUUCUUUAGACCAAACUAAUGUACAUAAUAUUCACUGAUGGCCACUGGGUCCUCAAGAAGACAAAAAUGGUAGAACCAAGGGCCAAAUAGUAACUGUGGUAUUGCAAUGGAUUUCCCUAGUGAGCAUCCUUGAAAGAGAAAGCUGAGAUCUAUUAGACAUUUCUUGUGCUUAAUUGAGUUGAUAAGUUCAGGGCUUUCUGUCUUCAUGUUAUGUUACAUGCCUGUUUUAAUUUUCUCAUAGCUAACCUUAUUUCUUAUAGAUUUCGAAAAUAUCCACAACUUUUGCUGGAGAUUCUAAGAAGUUUGUUAGGAUGCAUGAAUGUGGGGGUGUCAGCUCCUACAACAGAAACAAUGUGGUUAAUGGGAAGUCUGGACACCACGUGUAUUGAAGAUUGCUAACGAGUGAAUGAAAACUGCAAUUUCAACUUCCUCGUUUUUCUGGUAAAACAUUGAUGGCAUGUUUCAGCUUCUCCAUUGAAUUUACACAUUUUUGUGUACCACGUGAGUAGAUAUUUUGUAUUGACUGUUCUUUUAUUUUUAUUUUUUAUUGUGAUUUAAUGAUCAAAGAUAUGCUUAUAUA